UGCAAAGUUACCCAAUCAUAAAGAACACAAGAGCUCCUUCGCAUACAUUACAAAGGACCGACCAUACUUCUCUUCAACAGCGAUGAGUCUUGGUGGUACCAGUACAGAAUCAGAAGUAUCGGAGGAUGAGUUGGAGGAUUGUCCAUCGGGUCAAGACAGCGACUUUGAAAAUGAAGGCCCCCAAAAGCUUUCUUCCCGCUCUGAGUGUUCUGUCUCAUCCUGCCACAGCGACCCGGAAGAAAUCAAGGUGGUUAAGAGGCGUAGCCGGCCUGUGCGGUCCAAAGCGCGAAGAGCCGCUGCCAACGUCCGAGAAAGAAAACGAAUCCUGGACUACAAUCAGGCUUUCAAUGCUUUACGCACCGUUCUCAAGCAUGACUUAAGUGGAAAGCGACUCUCCAAGAUUGCAACGCUACGCCGUGCCAUCCACCAUAUCUCAGACCUCUCUUUAUACUUGCAGACGCAUUCGACAGCAGAAGCAGAUUCGCCUCCCUGUACCCGUACGGAGUGCUACAGGCAACCAGAAGUCAUCGGCUCCCUGCCAAGGAGUUUUCAGGAACCCAUAGAGAAAUACAUUCACCAUCAUGAACAGACAGUCUCCCCAGAUACACCUAUGUACCAGGAUAUAUCAAACUCAACACACCUGGGUGCACCAUCCCCACAUUACAACCAUUACGACCCCCAGGUGCACAUGAGCCAUGGACACUACGGUCACCACUGGGAUGACCAAAACAGUGAUUUUAAUAGUGGAUAUCAACAUGGGAUGAGGGUCACGUGCCAUCAGAACCACGUGGAGACCUACGCAGAGACCGCUAACUCACCUUUGGCUUGGCACCUGGGUUACCUUCAAAGUCAUGGAUACCAACAGUCACUGAGUAUGCACUGAGACGUUUUUAUCUUUGUACACUUAUGAUGAAAAGCUUUAGUUGUAAAACAUAAAAUCUGAUUUGCAUUUGUACAAAUAUGAGUGAUGUUUGUUUGUCUUCUUUAUGGAUGAUUUCUCAGGCUGGGAAAUAUACUGUAUAUUACAGCAAAUGCCUGUUUAAAGUAUGGUGUACGUUGUAAAUAAUGUGUUAAAAUAAAGUAAACCAUUAUUUUUUUGAGGAUGCCGAUCAUGUUGGAUAAAAAUUUAUAGCUUUAAAGAUUAUGUUCUCACCUAAAAUGCAUAGCUG